AUGUAUGCAAAUAGGAAACCUGCAUAUGAUAGCAAGGAAGUAGAUUUUGAGAGCGAUGUGACAGAACUGGAAACAUUUGGAUCCAUGAAAGUUGAUAAGUCAGAUGCUGCGCAGUCUGAUAACAAGUCUCCAGAUUUCUUAACACAGCCUCCUACCUACUCCCAGCUAGAUGAGAAGAAAGAGGCUAUAAAAAAACAUACACCAAGUUAAGCUAGGUCUUGAUUCAGAGAGAAUUGAACAAGAAAAGAGCGGCUGGCACAUGUCUGAAACGAGCUGUAAACCACAAAUUAUCCAGUCCUUCACCAGCAGUGAGACUUACAGUGAUUCUGACGAGGACAGACUUGUGAUUGAUGAUGACUUAAACAAAAGCAUUGGGGAGAGCCCUUCUUUAGUGAGCAAGGCUACCACUUCCUCACCUGCACAAAUACUGCAACAGCCACCCAAAAAGAAAUCUCGGAAGAUUUCAAGUGAUGUUGACCCACUGGGGCAGAUUCUGAAAAUGCAAACACAGCUUCUGAAGCCUGGGACAAAAAAGAUGGAGCACACAAGCACAGCAAAUGCAGGGAAGAAUGAACAACUGUCUCAAAACCCAGCACGCCGCCAGCCUGCAGUCAGUUUGGUUACUGAUUCAUCACAGGAGAGAAAUGAAACUGCUGAUCACUCCAGGAGUAAUGAAAAAUUUUUGCUGUCUAAUGAUCUCUUGGCGUUGAAAGAGAAUGAGAAUGAGUACACAGUGCAACCCACUGAGAACCUUGUAUACAAACUCUUCAAUCUAGAUGACAUCCUCCUGCUGCUUCAGAGCACUGUUCAUACUAAUCUUACAGCAAGGUGCCGAAAUGCUGAAAAAAGUGACUAAAAAGCAAACUCCUGUCUUUGUGCUCACCAAGAUGGAUUACCAGUAUUGUUAUGGGGUGGAGUCCCUGACCGAUAGCGAGAGCUGCCGGCUGUGGACUGAAAGCCUAGUACACUCUAAUUGUACACUUUAUGUGGGUCAUGUUGAUGCCUUUACUUCAAAGUUCUUCAUGUUAGAAGAAGUCACUGCACAAAAACUAAAGGAAAAAGUCAGUGCAUUCAAGCCAGCCAAUUGCCUCAAUAUUCUUCGGCAUAUUUUAAAAUGGCUGAUUCGUCUACAGGAUGGGUCUUACCUUCUGAGCCAUGCCUCUAAGGACUCCUCAGUUUGCCUCUAUAAAAGUAGCACUGAUAAAACAAGUGGAACUUAUAACCUGCAUGAAGCCCACAGUAACCUACCUCAGGCACCUUCCUCCCUCUCUGUUCCCUGGGUGCCACUGAAUCCCAAUCUGUUGUUGCGCUACCACAUCCAUCAUGGCCGUCCACCUUGCACCUUCCCACCUGUUCCAGCAGUGAACGCAGGAAAUCCUAAGAUGAAUCUGGCUAAAAAACAACCCUUGCCGUGACAAAGGCUCAAGCCCACUCAAUUCCAAUCCACCAAAAGCUAAACAGAUGCCAAAAAAGAAAGGGAGGAACAGGCUAGCAAGGUUAAAAGCCAAACUGAAAAUGUGGAAAGCACAAGCUGCAUCUCAAGGGAAUACAU